AUGGAAGGUAUUGUGGCUGACGUGAAUUUCAUCUCCGAGCCAGUUGCUCACAGGCUUUCUCCAGAUGUCAUGCCCGGCGGAGCACCAUCACCAAAUGUGAUGCAGCUGCCUGCUGGUUUCCUGACUCCGACCAGUCCUGAUCUGCGACCAACUUCGCCGUUCCGAAUGGUGUGGCCUGCGCAGUCGCCGACAAAGCCAUUUGGACAUCGCUUCGCCCGCUCCUUGAGCCCUCCAGUGCGGACCCCGUCACCUGCAGUGCGGCAGGGCAUUGCCUUCGCACCAAUCCCUUGCUGCGGUGCAACUCAGUGCAUGAGUGGGGCGAAUCGCGGAAGAUCUCCCCCGCCACAGCCAACAUCUCCAAAAAGUCUCACCAUUCCUUCGAUCAUGCGAGCAGCCAACCCCAGUUCUCAUGCUGGGAUUGUCGUGCCGAUGAGCGACGGCUAUCAAGAGCAACAAAUGGCAGAGCUGCUUUCUGGGCCACCUCCAUCGGAGCCAAUUUCAAUGGCACACGACAGCCCAGCAGCGCAAGUCUUUUCACCCGAGGCGGCGCACGGCGGACAGGGCUUCGUCCCAAGUGCGGCUUGUGGAGCUCCUCACUCCCAUUCCCACUCUCAGAUGCAGGCGGUUCAGGAGGUCCAGGCGGCGCAGGCGGCGCAAGCAGCGCAGGCGGCGCAAGCAGCGCAAGCGGCGCAGGCGGCGCAAGCUGUCCAAGCAGCCCAGGCAGCCCAGGCAGCGCAAGCUACUCAGGCAGCGCAAGCUGCUCAGGCUGCGCAAGCUGCUCAGGCUGCCCAGGCAGCAGCCCAGAUGCAAGCUGCACAGGGGGUUCAAGCUGCGCAAGCGGCCGCUGAAGCAGCACAAGCAGCCAGGGCACAAACGGUCCACACUCCAAACCUCCUGACAGCAUCGGCCCAGGCCGCCCAGGGUGCGAUGGGAGGAAGCCCAGCAGCGAGUGUGUCCGGCAGCCCGCAGCUGGAAAACAGGCAUGUGGCGCAGGUCGCCAUGACGACGCAGCCCUCUCAUCGCUGGGUGGUGUGCUGCUCAGAUUCAGAUCUACCUCAAUCUAUGUUUCGCGAAAGUUUGUUCGGUCCCUUUGCUAGGUUAGGGAUGAAUUUCGUAGCUCCUCAUCUGUGUUCUUGUGCAUCACCAUCCGGCUGGCUUCCUGGCUUCGAGGGUCGAGGCCGUGCGAAACUUUCUGACCCCGCAGUUUCGACCGAGAUUUCUGCAUGUCGAAAUUCGGUAUGCGCCUUCCUGGAAGGACCCGCCUCAAAUACGCUCUUACAGCAUGGCCCAAAGAUUUCACAAGCGCUUUCCCAGGUUGCGCAUCCUGUAUGGGGAGUGCAUGCCUUUUUUUCGCGAGCCUUGAGAAGCCUGUGUCCGUUGGGUUCUCUGUUCCGAUCGAGAGAGAGAGAGAGAGAGAGAGAGAGAGAGAGAGAGACAGAGAGAGCUAAUAGUAGCCAUUUUGGCUCAAGCCGUGAGUGCUCAAGCCUCGAGCCCGGGGGGAGAGCGAUCAGAGGGGGAGAGGCUCAACCGCGCCGAUCCACAGAGAGAGUGUGUGCCGCCGAGUGA